UUUGUGUUUAGGUUCUGAAUGUGGCACCUAAUGAUGGCUUUGCCAAAGUGCAUUAUGGCUUUAUCCUGAAGGCACAGAAUAAGAUUGCUGAAAGCAUUCCCUACUUAAAGGAAGGAAUAGAAUCUGGGGAUCCUGGCACUGAUGAUGGGCGAUUUUAUUUCCACCUGGGGGAUGCCAUGCAGAGGGUUGGGAACAAAGAGGCAUAUGAGUGGUAUGAGCUUGGGCACAAGAGAGGACAUUUUGCAUCUGUCUGGCAGCGCUCACUCUACAAUGUACAUGGCCUGAAAGCCCAGCCUUGGUGGACCCCAAAGGAAACAGGCUACACGGAAUUGGUGAAGUCCUUAGAAAGAAACUGGAAGCUAAUCCGUGAUGAAGGCCUUGCAGUGAUGGACAAGGCCAAAGGCCUCUUCCUGCCUGAAGACGAGAAUCUGAGGGAGAAGGGAGACUGGAGCCAGUUUACACUGUGGCAGCAAGGAAGAAAAAAUGAAAAUGCCUGUAAAGGAGCUCCCAAAACCUGUUCUCUACUAGAUAAAUUCCCCGAGACAACAGGAUGCAGAAGAGGACAGAUCAAAUAUUCCAUCAUGCACCCAGGAACUCAUGUGUGGCCACACACAGGACCCACCAACUGCAGGCUCCGCAUGCACCUGGGCUUGGUGAUUCCCAAGGAUGGAUGCAGGAUCCGAUGCGCCAACGAGACCAAGACAUGGGAAGAAGGCAGGGUGCUUAUCUUUGAUGACUCCUUUGAGCACGAGGUGUGGCAGGAUGCUGCGUCUUUCCGGCUGAUAUUCAUCGUGGAUGUGUGGCACCCAGAGCUGACACCCCAGCAGAGACACAGCCUUCCUGCCAUUUAACAUGUCAUGCAGGCUGACACACUGGAAAGAGGCUGCCUUUCUGGUUCUGUCUCCUUGGUUGCGGGGAUAGAAGUUCCAAGUCCAAGGCCCUUAAUUCCCUUGAUUCAGAGUCUGAAAACUUCUGAACCUCCUUCUAGCAUUAGAAGACACGAAGGGAGUGUUCUCCAUGCUGUGGUAUUUAGAAAAUGCCCUGCUGCCUUUCACCCUUGGCAGUCCUGAGCUGAUGCCCGUAUUUCAGGUGAUACACGAUAGCUUCUACCAUGUCAGCCAAAGGUAUUUUUUCCACUUAGAAUAGACCUAAAUCAGUGUACAAUAAGAAUAUAUAUAUAGAAACUGUGAAUGGAUUGCUUUAGUUUGUAAUUUUUCUAUGGAACUAUAUUUUUAUAGGGUAGCUAGACGAUUUUGUCAUUGUACACCACUACUUUUUUGUUUAUUUUUAAUAGCAAGCUGUGUAAAUGCUUUACUUCUAGCUGUUUAAUGGCAACUUUUCUGGUGAACUUGGACUUCCCUCUUUUAAUUAUUUUUAGUAAAAAACACUCAUAUGAAGGAAGCAAUUUUAUUUUCCUAAUACAAAGGAGAAAAUGUAAUUAUGCCAAUGUCUGUGAACAGUGCUGCUCUCUACCCAUUGAGUCUAUUUGCUUUUUUACCUUCGUUAUGAGCCAGUGUAUUAAUUUCUCUCCUUACUAUGUGAAUGGUGGAGAUACUGUCAAAAUUGUUUUUCUUUCUAAGAGGAACUUUUUACACUGAAAAGAGACAUGGAAUCAUUUUAUAUUGAGUUAUAAGAAUGCCACAUGUAAAUUUUGUUAAUGUCAAGAAUUAGGACUCAGGCGGGGGAGAAAAGGUACAAUUUCUCAGAGCAAAAAUGUUCUGUCCCUAUCAGGAAGACAGGUGGCUGCUAGGAUAUCUGGCUCCUUGGCCUCUUUGCCAUCUAUGAGAGAGGGCCAGCAGCCAGACUCUUUGUGUAUUAUAGGUCCAUGUGAGUGUCCCAUCACAAUUUUGUAAAAUAUGAAGGAUGGAAGAGUGGAAAACACAGAAUACCAAAAUUGUUGUCCUGGUUUUAAGUUUGCCUUCCUCUUUGAAAGUUUGGAAGACUUUUCCACCUCACUGGCUUGAGAAACCUCUGUCACUUAAACAUCACUUUGAAAUAGCAGUUAUGCAUUGUUUAGCUUUACUAUUAUCCACAGCAUUAGAAAUAACAAUUGAAAACUGGUCUUGCAUGCUCUUUCCAAAGGUGAAUAAGUCAUUAGUUUAGAAGAGUAUUAAUGUGUUAAAUUUUGUCAUUUUUAAAUCAAAGCUAACUGGAAAUACUAGCUUUAAGAAUGUAAUGAUAUUCAUGCACCUGAAUUUUAAGCCAGCAUGAACAAAAAUGCAGAAAUGACACAUAGGUUACCAAAUUUCAUUCACAGGUAGAAAACACUUGGCUUUCUUUUCCAUGUAAGGACAAAGAUGCUUUCUUUAUCUCAUUUAAAGAAUACCAUUCUUCAGAAUUGAAAUGGACCCUGCUUGCUUGUCCUUAUAGACACUGGCUUCUAGGAGAAGAAUUUGCAAAAGACUUAUCCUGUCCCCUUCUCUGUUGAUAAUGUUUAAAAAUCCCACUAAAAUAGAUCAAGAAGCAUGCGAGGAAAAAUAUCAAAAUUAAUUACUGAAGUCAGAAGGAAAAACCAAGCUUUUAAAACAUAAAAAGGUAUUUGUAUCCUUCAGUAUUUAUUGAACAGAAGAAAUGACUGAUAAAGGACAAUCCAAUCCAAUGCCCAUGUAGUAACAUUCAUGUCCCUUACUGAAUUUGGUUCUUGUAUGUAUAUUGCAUACACAUAAAGAAAUUCAAAGUAUAAAUUGUCACUGUUAAACCAUCAGCUUACAUUCACUUAAUGAAACCAUGGAAUAGAGUAAAAUCUAAAUCUUAACUUAAUAUUUAUAAUACGGUAUUUAAAAUCAGGUCACUACUAAAUAUUGCCAAUUGAAAAGCCAAAAUUAUUAUCACCACUGCAAAGUGUUGGCUUUAAUCAACUCCAAUAGCAUUUUAAUGCCUUGGAUCCCACCCAGAACUCUUUUAUAAAUCCAAGUAAUAAAAUGGAUUAUCUAAUUCACUUUAAUUCUUCAUCUUCCUUCCCUAUGUCAUGGAAUAUGGAAAAAUGUUUCAGUCACUGCACUGGUGGUAGUAUUUCAAUGUUGUUUUGUUACACAAAAUGGAUUGGUUUUAUUUAUACUGUGAUACAGUUGGUUGAGAAAUAUUUUUAAUUCUACUUCAAUUUUAUUUCAAGGGUGGAAUACAAAAGUGACUCCUCUUAUUAUUUUAUACCAGUAGAAAAAAAUUAAAACACUACAUCCAUUGAGAAAGAGAUGUAAUAAAUAGUUAAGAUUAGUACUAGUAUCUGUUGGGGGUGAUUAUGGCCAGUUGAACCAUCUUGUUUCUUUGAAUUUUUUAACUAACCCUCCCAAAAACUACGAUGUAAAAUCAUAUUUUACUUCCCAUUAUCAACUAAAAUACUUUUUAUUUGACAUUGAGCACCAACUGGUCAUACUAAUAAAUGCCCAUGUCAUGCAGAUGGCUGAGAGAAGAAAUAGGAACAUACAGUUGGUUUGGGGAAACAUGGCACAAGUAAGGAUAUCAUAUCCUAUGAUAUCUGUUUAUUUGUAUCUAAUUUCCUUUGAAUGGAUAGUCGGGUGUCUCCAUUUCUGAAGAGAAUAGACAGAGAAAUAAAAUGAUCUUUGGCAUUUUAUCCUGCAUUCCUAAUCUGUUAUUUUCAGUUCUUGCAUAUUUAGCCAUCCAUAAGGGUCUUCCUCCAUGGUUCACACCUACCCUCUCAGCAACAGCCAGGUCCCUUCUUCACACUUACUGGUUUCGCGAGGGUGGGGGGUUAAAUGCUUUAGUAGAAUUUUUCUGCCGUAAUGACUUAAGUGAGGCAGUUUGAAUGGAUUAAUUAAUCACUGACAUGUGUUUUCAGUGAGACCUCACCCUCCCUCUGCAGAUACAUGUUGCCCAUGGGAAGUCACAUUAUUAAGUUGAAAUAAUCAUACUUCAAGUUGUGUGUGCCUUCCUUUAAAGUCAGAUCAUGAUCAUCAGCUGGUGGCCUGACAGAUGUAACAUAAAAAUCAUUCUUGCAGGAUAUCAAAAUAAGCAAACUCAGCAAAUAACUAGAUGUGCACAUACAUCUGAGGCUGAAAAAUUUGAUGCUGGUGAUGAGGUCAAAGAAAAUAAUUCAAUAAGGAUGGAUAUUACUGUAGAUACUAUUGUCUCGGGGCUUUGCACUACAUUAAAUUUGACGAUUGCGUCUGCACAGUUUAGUUCUGAUGCAUCUACUUGGAAAUGCAUAUAAUCUUAAAUUGCAAAACCGGGGGAAGGCAUCCUUACGGUGUCUCAGAAAAAUCCUUAUCCUAAUGUAGAGUGUACAUGAAAUUUAGUUUUUCUUUUUUCAAUUCAUUUAAUACCAUAAACAUGGGAGGGCAGACUCUUGUUUACAUAAAUGCCUUGCUUCAUCCUCUAAUCCCAUCAUGGAGAAAAAAAAGGCAUCUCUCAACUCUUUUGUUCAAUUUUGGCUGCUCAGACCAACAGCUGGUGACAGUCACUACUAGGUGCAGGAGUGGAGGGCCUUAUGUCAACUGAAUGCACAUGUGUCGGGGAGUCGUUGCACAUGUGCUUCCUGCUGGCUGAUACCACUGAUGGCUGGCAUUAUGCAGGGACACAGGGUGACCGGGGUUCAGUCCAGAGCCAGGAGCGGCUGAGUGUUCUCAUUCUCUCCUUUCUCCUCAUGUUUCAGGGUCCCAGCUUCUACCACAGACUGAGACCUAAUAAUAGGGGAAGGAAAAAGAUAUGAUUACAAACAAUUCAUGAUGGCAACAAUUUUAGAACUUUGGAGGGCAUUCAGACAUUAUGUGUCCCUUGAAAGUCUUGAAAGUCAAGACAUUCAAAAUAACUAUAUAAUAUUUCCCCUUGUUUAACUCUGUUUUCCUUGCUUUUGUGUCUUCUACACCAUAUUUUUAUGGAGAGAGUCAUUGUGGAAUCUUCUCUGAAAUGUCUUGUGUUGGUGAAAGGAGCACAUGUUCUAGCCAUUAUUCUGGUGUCUAAACAUUCUGUGGCUCUCGAGAUGUAUAAACUCAAAUAAAUUUUGUUGGAUUUUUAAUGUUUCAAAA